ACGCCGCGACACGAGGUUCGCACCACCGGCUCGCAGGCCAUCCUCAGGACCGGAUCCACGUGCCAGUCUUCACCGGCGUCCGUUUCCUUCACCAGACUCUCCAGCUGUGCACAAACAGAUAAAAUGUCUACCUACAAAAAUGAGAGUGAAACAAAAAUAUUAACGUCGCACGAAAUUACUGCAUUAUUUGGAGGAAUGAAAUAUCAAAAUGUUGAAAUGUUUAAUCACGUUCAUGAGGAAACAGAAAAAGGUUAAUAAAGAAUAAAAGGGCGAUUAUAUUUGGGCUGAUCAUGUGAAGCAAGGUGAAUUCGUUAUCCCUUUCGGGGGAAAGAUAGUGGCCAUCGAACAGGUUCGCGUUAAAAUCGUGGACGACGAUGGAAACGAAGUCUACGUAUCGAAUCAGCAGAUCAUCAAGAACAUGCAUGUCAGUUCGAUCAAAGGAGUCGACGACAUGAUCAAUCUUGGCGAUUUGCAGGAGUACGCGAUCCUGAGAAACUUGCACAAACGAUAUAAGGAGAAGCAGAUUUACACGUACACUGGAUCUUUGUUGGUGGCGAUAAAUCCGUACGAAAUGUUGCCGAUAUACACGAACGCGUUGAUUAGGGAGUAUCGCGGUAAAAGAUUGGACGAGCUGCCUCCACACAUUUUCGCAAUUGGGGACAACAGUUAUAACGAUAUGAAGAGAACGAAAACGAAUCAAUGCAUCGUCAUCAGUGGUGAAAGUGGUGCAGGCAAGACGGAAUCGACGAAACUUCUUCUGCAGUAUUUGGCUUCUACCAGCGGUCAACAUUCUUGGAUAGAACAACAAAUAUUGGACGCCAAUCCGAUUAUGGAAGCAUUCGGAAACGCGAAAACCGUACGCAACGAUAAUUCAUCCCGUUUCGGAAAAUAUAUCGACAUCGGUUUCAACCGAGAUGGAGUCAUCGAAGGGGCAAAGAUAGAACAGUAUUUGUUGGAGAAGAGUCGAAUUGUUUCGCAGAACGACGGCGAACGGAAUUACCACAUCUUCUACAGCAUGUUGGCGGGUUUGAGCAAAGAAGAAUUGAAACGACUCGAUUUGACGGAAGCGAAAAACUAUUCGUACUUAACGGGAGGCAGAACGAUAACGUGCGACGGUCGCAACGAAGAACAGGAAUUCAACGACAUCCAAUCUGCCAUGAAGGUCCUCAACUUUACCGAAACCGAAACCUCCAACAUUUACACUUUGCUCGCUGCGAUUUUACAUCUCGGCAAUUUAUCGUUUAAGACCGGCUCGGCCACGAACACGGACAGUUCGGAGGUCGCUGAUGCCGGACUACUGGACAAGAUCGCUAAAUUGUUGGGAACGAACAAAUCCGAUUUGGGGAAGGCUUUGACCACCAAAACUAUCGGAGUCCACGGUGACAGAGUCACGUCACUACUUUCGAAGGAACAGGCUCAAGAGUCCAAGAAUGCAUUCGUCAAGGGAAUCUACGGGAAAAUGUUCGUCAUGAUUGUCGAUAAAAUUAACAAGGCGAUCUCUUUGAAACAGACUCCUUAUAAGAAAAUUGGAGUUUUGGAUAUAUUCGGCUUUGAAAACUUCACCGUCAACAGUUUCGAACAGCUGUGCAUUAAUUAUGCCAACGAGAACUUGCAGCAAUUCUUUGUGCAACAUAUUUUCAAAUUGGAACAAGAAUAUUAUACCAACGAAGGAAUUAAUUGGUCCAGUAUCGAAUUCAUCGACAAUCAAUCGUGUUUGGACAUGAUCGCGAUCAAGUCUUUAAACAUUCUGGCCCUUAUCGAUGAGGAGUCCAAGUUUCCGAACGGCACAGAUUUCUCUUUGUUGAGCAAAUUGCACGGACAACAUUCAAAAAAUCCAAACUACCUGAAGCCCAAGUCAGACGUGACUCCCGCUUUUGGAAUUAAACAUUUUGCCGGUCCAGUUUUCUAUGAUAUUCCAGGCUUUUUGGAGAAGAAUCGCGACUCGUUCAGUCAAGAUUUGAAAACGAUCAUCUCCACAAGUUCAAAUGUAAUGUUGAAACAGAUCUUCGAGAGCGAUUUUAAGGCGGAAUCGAAUAAAAGAAUGGUCACCUUAUCGUUUCAAUUCAAAACGUCCCUGGAUCAGUUGAUGAAGGGAUUGAGCAGUUGUCAUCCAUACUUCGUUAGAUGUAUCAAACCAAACGAAGACAAAAAGCCACAAGUGUUCGAUAGGAACUUGUGUUGUCGACAGCUUCGAUACUCGGGAAUGAUGGAAACGGCGAAAAUCCGUCAGGCCGGCUAUCCGAUCAGGUUUACUUACAAAGAAUUCGUCGAUCGAUUCCGAUAUCUCGCGAAAGGAAUCCAACCGUCGACAAAAGGCGAUACUAAAGAGUCCACCGCAAAAAUAUGCACCCAAGUCUUUCAGGACAAUCAGGAUUAUCAAUUAGGACAUACGAAAAUUUUCCUCAAACAUCAAGACUUGGAGUUUUUGGAAGUGUCACGCACCAAAAUCCUCGACAGAUACGUGUUGGUGUUGCAGAAGUCGAUUCGCGGAUGGCUUUGCAGGAAGAGAUACAAACAAUUGAGGGAAGCCGCGAUUGUUAUGCAGAAAUAUUUCAGGGCCAGGGGAUACAGGAGCAGGUUCUUGAAAAUUCGCAACGGUUUCCAUAGGCUGCAAGCCCUCAUUAGGUCCAGACACCACACUCACGAGUACGGACUUAAAAGAAAUAUCAUUGUCAAGUUGCAGGCCAUUGCUAGAGGCUAUCACGUUAGAAAGAAUUCUGCCUUCGGUCAAAUUUAUAGUAUAGUGGCUCAAAGGAAACUGGAUGAAAUCGAAUUGAAACGAGCCGGAAUUAAAAAUUACAGAGUGGAAGCCGAAAGUGCCAUGCAGAAGAGACUGUUGGAUCUGAACCGUUAUUACGACGCGAAAUUAAAGGCCGAAGAAGAAGAGAGAAAGAACAUGGAGAGUGAAGUGAACGAGUCGUUCAGUUUCUUAUCGCAAUAUCCGUCCUCCCCCAUCGAUCCUUCUUAUGGUAUGCAAUUUCCGCAACAACAACAACAACAACCGCCACAAAAAUCUGAGGCGUCGACAAUGGAACCGGAUCCGGAAUACAAUUUCCGCAAAUACGCCGCAACCUACUUCAAAAAUGUGAGCCACAUGCGCAGCUUGAAACCGUUGAAGGAUUCUCUGCACGAUCUACCAACUCCUGAUGAUGUUCUAGCUUCCCAAGCACUGUUUGUAACCGUGAUGCGUUUUAUGGGCGAAUAUCCCGAGCCAAAACACGAUACGGUGCAAGACGAAGAAGACGACCUGGUUGUAAACAAAGUUCGACAAACGUUGUCUCGCGGUUUCACCAACCGCAAAGAGUUCCAGGAGAUUCUCAAACAGGAAAAGAAAAUGGCGACAAUGAAAGGUCACGACAGGAAGAAGAUAAUCAACAUGACACUAAAAAGAAAGCAUCAACUGUUGGAGGACCUUAGAAGAGGCUUCGUGGAAGAUACGUACGCGAAAGAUUAUUAUAAUCAAUGGUUGAAUCACAAGAGGACGAACAAUUUGGAGAAAAUACAUUUCAUUACCGUUCACGGUAUUUUGAGGCCCGAACUGAGAGAUGAAAUAUACUGUUUAAUCAUGAAACAAUUAACCAACAACAACAUUAAAUCAUCGUACGCUCGCGGCUGGAUGUUGUUGUCUCUCUGUCUCGGCUGUUUCCCUCCGUCGGAACGUUUCCAGCCUUAUCUCCGUAACUAUAUAUAUUCAGGACCUCCGGCGUAUUCGUCCUUCUUAAUCGGACGUCUCGAUAGGACUUUGGAACACGGCGCGAGAUCGCAACCAGCUUCCUACAUGGAACUGCUAAGCUGCAGAGAUAAACAACCGAUAAAAUUAAGCGUGAAACUUCUCGACGGAACCGUUCACGAUGUCGAGGCAGAUUCUGCUUCCACAGCAGAAGAAAUUUGUCAACAGAUCUCCACCGCCAUCCAACUGAGAGACACUUACGGAUUCUCGCUUUACAUUGCCAUUUACGACAAAGUCUCUUCGAUCGGUUUCGGAGAUGAUCACGUUAUGGACGCGGUCUCGCAAUGCGAACAAUACGCGAGAGAAAAAGGCCAUUCGGAGAAGGAGGCGCCCUGGAGAUUGUUCUGGAGAAAGGAGUUCUUUACGCCGUGGCACAAUGCCGCGGAAGAUGAGGUCGCCACAAGCUUGAUCUAUUCCCAGGUUGUGGGUGGCUUAAAAACGGGAGAGUACAGGUGUAACAGUGAAGCCGACGUCGCACUUCUCCUGGCCGUCCAAUGUUACGUGGAGAACGGUCAGUCGUUCACGAAGAAAACCUUACAAACACGAAUAGGAGAGUACAUGCCGUCGUACAUCGUUAAGAAUCCAAACGUCGAAUUGGAUCGGUGGGUCAACAAAAUCUACGAAGCCUUCGUCAAUCUCAAAUGUUACAAGAACAAUCAGAGCGCUUCAAAGGCCAAAGAAAUGGUCGUGAAAUAUGCCAAAGUUACCUGGCCAAUUUUGUUCUCCAUGUUUUACGACGCAGUUCAAACUUCCGGUCCCGAUUUGCCAAAGAAGAAUGUCAUCAUUGCGGUAAAUUGGACCGGAAUUUAUUUCAUCGAUGAUUCCGAACAGAUCCUUAUGGAAUUGUCUUUCGCCGAUGUGACGUUUGUCACUUACGAAAAAAACAAUAAGGAACAAACGCUGUGCAAAAUACAAACGAUUCGCAAAGACGAAUACGUUUUCUUUUCGCCGGACGCGCACAACCUGUGCAAACUCAUUCAGUACACUUUGGAUGGCUUGAAGAAGAGAUCGGUUUAUUGCGUCGCAAUCGAGGACUACAAGCACGCCACGAAUGCCGAAGCGUUCUUGGAAUUCAAGAAGGGCGAUCUGAUUGUUUUGAAGAACGGUUUGGAAGGCAAAAGUUUAAUGGACGCUUCUUACGGGUACGGAGAGUGUAACGGUAAAAUCGGAGACUUCCCGACGGAUAAGGUUUACAUCCUGCCAACCAUGGACAAACCCCAUCAGAGUAUCCUUGCGGCUUACAAAAAAGAAGGCAUUCUCGAGCGCAAACAGAGCCAAUCGUUAUUAAUGAGCACCGCUCAACGUCUGCGUCUUCACACCUUAUCCGCAUACGCUUCCGAACACUUCAGGACGAACCGUAGAAGAACGGCGACCACGAAAGCUUCCAUUUUAACCAACGCCAGGAGAGAUUCCCAGGAAGAAUUGUGGAAGUACACGGGAGAACCGAUCCAUCAGCCGUUGCUGCAAAAGGUUCUCGAGAAUGUGGAGAUGAGCACGAAAGCAGUCAACAUGUUCACCGCCGUUCUAAAAUAUAUGGGAGAUUUGCCGGCACCCAAACCCAAAUAUGCGACCGAAUAUACCGACGAGAUUUUCGGUCCGGCAAUGGAAGAAACGCUCUUGAAAGAUGAACUGUACUGCCAAAUUAUGAGGCAACUGACGUUCAAUAGACUGUCGAUGAGCGAGGAACGAGCUUGGGAAUUGAUGUACCUGAUCACAGGACUGUUUGUGCCAAGCACUGCGCUGCAAGCUGAACUGAUCAAGUUCUUGCAAUCCAGACUGCAUCCUUUAAGUGAGCCGUGUUUGAAGAGAAUCGAGAAAACCAAAAAGAUCGGAACGAGACAAAUGCCGCCGUUCACCAUUGAAGUGGAGGCCAUCCAACAACGCAGUCUGCAAACGUUCCAUCGCAUUUACUUCCCGGACGAUACGGACGAAGCAUUCGAAAUUGAUUCCAUGACUACUUCUCAAGCGUUGUGCAGGUCGAUCGGCUCCCGACUCCAGUUGGAGAAUUUGGAUGGUUUCAGUUUGUUUGUUGUCUUCCCCGACAGAGUGUUUUCAGUACCCAACACUGACUUUUUCUACGAUUACAUGGUUAAGAUCAUGAAAUGGUUGAAAUCAGUUCAACCCAGUUGGAGCAAUGGCCAAGUUACGGCACAGUACCAGUUGUUCUUCAUGAAGAAGCUGUGGGUGAACGCGCAACCUGGCAAGAGUCCCAACGCCGAUCACAUAUUCCAUUACCAUCAGGAACUACCGAAAUACCUUAAAGGUUACCACAAAUGUAGCAAACAGGACGCCAUUCUGUUGGCCGCCUACAUUCUCAGAGCGCGGGAUCUGAAAGAGAGUGACGCGACUUCUUUCCUCAAUCAUAAUCACAAAGAAAUCAUUCCGGCCGACAUUUACAAGGCCGCCACUGCAUCCGAAUGGAAGAAGAGUAUUUUGACGGAGUUAAAGAAAUUGCACAACUUGAGUGCAGACGACGCGAAAACGGCAUUCUUGAAACACAUUUACAACUGGCCUACGUUCGGUUCUACCUUCUUUGAAGUGAAACAGGCGACCGACCCGACUUAUCCCGAAAUUAUUAUUGUCGCCAUCAACAAGAAGGGCGUCAACAUUAUUCAUCCCAUUACUAAGGACAUUUUAGCGACAUACGACUUUGUGGAACUGUUCAGUUGGUCAUCAGGAAACACAUAUUUCCACAUGACUGUUGGAAGUGUUUUGAGGAAGAAGAAAUUAUUGUUCGAAACAUCACAGGGUUAUAAAAUGGACGACUUGAUUACAUCCUAUACUUACUAUUGGAGAGAUGUUUCAAUCAAGGAAAAAGAAACAAAGGGACUAAUUUCUCUCUGAACAUACUAAACUAUAUAUGUAUAAUGAAAUUGUUGGUUGUUUUGGGAUUUAUUUGAAAUAAUGAUGAUUUUAAAUAUAGUUCUAAUCUUGGUUUUUCUUUUA